GAGUAUAAAGGCAGAGCUGGGGCUGCCUCGGGGGCUCAGUCUGGGGCACUUUCUGCCCUUUUUGGCUGCUGUAUGGAAGAUCACACCAAGCACGCCCGGUCCGUCCCUCUGCCAGCCAUGCAGCAGAACUUGAACUAUGUGUACCCCCAGAUCUUCUGGGUGGAUGGCUGUGCCAACACCAGUACCUCCUGCCCCCCAACACCUCCUGUAGCUCCUUUCCCACCACCAGUGCCUGACCGGAGCAAAAAGCCAAGGAGCAAGAGGGACAGGAGGAGUGGCAGCUUCCUGGUGAUCUCCAUGCUGAUCCUGCUGGCCCUCACUGGAGUGGGACUCAGCAUGUUCCAGAUUUUCCACCUGGAGAAGGAACUGGCUGAACUCAGAGAGUCUGCCAGCCCUGAACACAUCCCUCCAGCUCUGGAGAAACUCAUAGAGCAGAAGGAACAACUGGUGAAAAGGGAGAGGAAGGCAGCACACUUAACAGGGAACCCGGUCCAGUGGGAUCUCCCUUUGGAGUGGGAACCAGUUUCUGGCCAUGCCUUCACCAGUGGCAUCCAGUACCGUGACAGGGGCCUCCUCAUCAAUGAAACUGGGCUCUACUUUGUGUACUCCAGUGUCCUCUUCAGGGGCAGCACCUGCAGUAACCACGUCCUGACCCACCUUGUCUACAAGAGGAACCCAACCCUGCCAGGCAGCCACGUGCUGAUGGAGGACAAAGGCAUCAACUACUGUGCAGGUCAGAAAAUAUGGGCCAGGAGGAGCUACCUGGGGGCUUUGUUCAAGCUGAGGAAGAUGGACAGUUUGCAUGUCAACGUCUCCAAAAUUGCUCUGGUGAAUUUUGAGGAGUCCAUGACGUUCUUUGGCUUAUUUAAGCUUUAAGGUUGUUGGGAGUGUGACUGGGGGGUGACUGCUGUGGCCAGGGUGUUGCACCAGGAAACCCACCAAGGAACUUUGGUGUUCAGUGGGAGAGGGCUGAAGCAACUGAUAAAUGCUUGGAAGCAGAGUUCUGGGAUGGACCAGAGCUCUGUGGCAUCAAUCUGAAGAGAAAAAUGCAUUUCACCUCCCUCUGAACACACCAACAAACUCAAAAUGGGGUGUGCUGAAGACCCUCUAAAAACUCACUACUUGCCACCUGAGAAGAUGCCAGUGCCAGGGGUCCCACAUGGUGCCAGACUGUGGGCAGUGGUGUUGGGGACAAGUUGUGCAAAGACUUCAGUUGGUCACCCCAAGCCAUGCCUGGUCACCCCAAGCCAUGCCUGGCCACCCUUCCUGGUCAUUUGGCCACCAGACUGCUGUAUGACAGGGACCUGCCUGCUAGCAGGAGUGUUACGUAUGGUAUGCUUGGUUCAUGUUAAGUUAUUGACCAUUCCCACCCCAGAAAAUGUCCUCCAACCCUUUUAUUUAACUAAUCCCAAGUGUCCUGCAAGGAACGUGCCAGUUGCAGUGGUGCCAUGUGUGGGCCUGACCCUGGAGAAGAAAUCCUGACUGUGUGGUAGAAGAGGUGAAGAGGCCACGUGAGUUCAGCAACACAAAAAUGGGGGACUGUGGGGGCCAAGAGAUAAAACCAGCACCUUCAGCCCCCUUCCUGCCCUUUCAACACAUCAGAGACCCCUAAGGAGAUGUGG